GGCUAUAGCUUCUCUUUGCUUUCUCCAUUUAUCCCCACCCUCCCAGGGUUACUUUGCUCCAAUUUCAUUAGUACCUCUCACUUUUCAGAGAGCCAUGAAGCAAGAAGUUCCUACAUCAGAGGGAAAAUCGUCAAGCCUCCAGCACUCUCCAAUGCCAGUGGCGCGUGCUAGAGUUUCGAGAACUAAGGAAAGCUCGAGACUGGGUUCUCCGAAUGGGGUCUCGAAAGCUAGCCCGAAAACUCCUCCUAAAGAGGCAAACAACAGUUCAAGAAUCAGAAGGCCUAUUGAUCUGGCUAAUGAUCAAAAGGGUGUCGAUCAACCACGAACGCGUGCUGUUGACCAGUAUGCACGUGUUCGACGCCAUUCGGACAUGAAUUGCAAGGGGUUGGGGAGUCAGAAUGACGGAAAAUUGAAGGAUGACUUGGAGAGAAGACUGCAUGUGAGUGAUAGUUUGGUAAACGAGUUGCGGUCCGAGGUUUCAGCUCUGAAGGCUCAGAUGGAGAAGCUGCAUAGUCGAAAUGUUCUUCUGGAGUCGCAGAAUAAGCAGCUUGGAAGAGAUCUCUCUUUGGCUGAAGCGAAAAUUAUAGCCCUUGAGAAGAAGGAUGAGGCAGAAUCUAUCAGCAAAGAAUUCCAUCCUUCUGAAUUUAAGGAUGUACGAGAAAUCAUCGCAAAUAAGUUAGACCUUUUAUCAGCGAAAAAAGAAGUCACAAAAGAAAACAAACCUGCCAAAUUGCAGUCUUUAGCAUUGGAACCAGGAGUGAAAUCUGUAGGAAAUCGUCUGAAAGUUCAGUUGCCAGUACCCCCACCUCCUCCAUCUCGGGCCUCUCCCGUAGCUGGACCACCUCCACCUCCACCUCCUCCCCCUCCUCGAAAUGCCCUUGCAAGAGCAAAUAUAAUGCAGAAGCCUACAACAUUCGUAGAUUUCUACCAUUCAAUAACAAAGCGAGAUGGGAAGAAUGGGAAUAUGCAAAGUGAGAAUUGUGCUAGCCCGCUUGCUAAUAAGGCUCAUAACAGCAUUGUUGAUGAACUUCAAAACCGUUCAUCUCAUUUACUGGCGAUUAAAGCAGAUGUAGAGAAGAAAAGUGACUUCAUCAAUCAUCUCAUACAGAAAGUCCAGUCUGCAGCUUUUACUGAUAUUGAAGAUGUCACAAAAUUCGUUGAUUGGCUUGACGGGCAACUAUCUAUAUUGGCAGAUGAGAGGGCUGUACUGAAGCAUUUCAAUUGGCCUGAAAGGAAAGCCGAUGCUUUGAGAGAAGCUGCUUUCGAGUACCGUGAUCUUAAGAAACUCCUAAUUGAAGUUUCUUCCCUUGAGAAUGGCACAUCACUUCCAUGUGAUGCCAUCUUGAAGAAGAUCACAACCAUACAAGAUAAGUCAGAGAGAAGCAUUCAGAGGUUGAUUAAGUUUAGAGACACAACCAUGGUCUCUUACAGGGACUUCAAAAUUCCCACUGAGUGGAUGCUUGAUUCAGGAAUUAUUUGCAAGAUAAAGAUGGGAUCUGUGAAACUCGCAAAAAUUUAUAUCAAGAGAGUGUCAACAGAGCUCGAGUCAGUAAGAAACCCAGAGAGAGAAUCAAUACAAGAAGCGCUUCUACUUCAGGGUGUGCGUUUUGCUUACCGCGCAUACCAGUUUGCUGGAGGACUCGAUUCUGAUACAAUGCGGGCCUUUGAGGAGUUGAGGGAGAGAGUUCAGUUGCAUAGGAGAGGGUCUUUCAUGGUGUAAUACUUCCUUGACACAGCGGCAAAGUUUCUGAAGACUAAUCUAGAUAGUAACUAGAUUUACACAUAUGGUGUUUGUAACUUAUGUCGAUGUCUUUGACAAAAAUGUUCAGAGAGAUUGUUGCGUUAAUUUGGAAUAACGAAGACGAGUUGAAAGGUUGAUGAAUCGAUGAUAGAGGCGGAUUAAGAGGAAGAUAGCAUAAUAAUAUUGUAAAAUAGGAGCAUAUUCUUAUAACAUUCCGAAUAAUUUUAUACCAUGAGCCUUAUAGAAUUGCUUCGAGCUCCAGAUUAGUAUUGUGCCCACCUUCCAACUGAGAUUGGAUGGAACUUCCUUGUUUU